CUAUGACACGAUAAGUUCUUCACAUUUCUGGCAUUAAUGAAAGUUUUCGACUCUCGAACCCUGAUUAACCCAUGAUAAUUUAUGAUUGUGACAGACUAACGAAUAAUGAUGGAUGCUAUCUGCUCUGGAAUGCCGGAUAAAUAAUAUCAUAUAUCCUGAUUAGUCAUCGAUGUUAUGUUGGAACACGCACAUAUGCACGGUUUAUUGCAGUACCGACUUGGCUUCUGGCUUCGUAAGAGUCUUACUACAAGAGUUCCUUUAGAGAGUAAGUCAAGAUUGUUCAUUGUGAUUCUAAUUGUUCGKGGGAGACAGCUGGAAACGAAGAAAGAUCUUUAAAAAGCGGCCCGUUAACUAUACUUUCUGAGUUAAACGGCAAAAACAGUCUCUAUACGACACUUCAAGCGUGUAAAGAGUCUGUAAAGAUUCUGACUGCAGUGCACAAGAGCUUCGCAACACAAGCAAAACAUUGAUUCAAGUCAAGUGAAGAUAUUUAACCCAGCAUUUUCAGAGCAGUCGGAGUGACCUGAGGCAUGAUUGGCCUUAACUCCGAUUAAGCCAAUAAUACAACAACAUCAACAAUAUAUACCAAAUUAACUGUGGCUUCAUCAAUAUACGAUAAAUCGACCGCCGUCCCAUUAUCACAAUACAGGUCAAGACUUGRCGGGUAAAAAAAAGUUUUGUGCUCUUUCGACGAAACUGAUGGACAUUGACGACUUUCAUCGACCUAUCGAUUCGACAGCAAGAGAACAAAGCUGAAAUAGUUAAACUUUUGGUCUAUAUCUCGACAAAAUAUCGCAUAAACGAUAUAAUUGAUAUUAAUUAAUAUAUAGGACCAAACUGAUUGAGAAAGUGAGAUGUUCCCGCACGACAACUAUUAGAUARAAGUCCGCAUUGUAAUUUCAAGGUCAAACAUCCACUUCAAUUGAUGUACAGUUUUUUUUAUAAUUUAUUGCCGAAAAUMGCCGAGAAAUCGUUUGUCGUUAACGAUCCAUUCACUCAGAUAAAACAGUCGAAUUUCUGUUGUUGACUUAAAGGCAAUUUGUACAAAUAAACACUGAAACAAAUAACACUUGUUAGUCCAACAAAGAAGRAAAAGAAGAGAUGACAUUAUCACUUUGCAAUCUCUUCUUUCGCGCCAUAAUUUCUCUGUUAAACUUCUUGGUCUUUGCAAUCUUUGUGGCCACACAAUUCUUCCAGGAYCAAGASUCGAAAUAUUUCUUCAAAUGGAUACUUGGGAAUAGAACAACUAGUUAUAUAUCGAGCAACUACCAUGUUUCGAAUUCGUUAUCAUGGUGGAUUAUAUAUUUUUGGUAUGGUCUUCACGCUUGGCARUUACUAUGGAUGAGUUUUUCWGUUGCCAUACUCUUUAAAAGAAACUUUCCAGAGGCGAUUAAUGGUGUCUUCUUUUUYYUAUACAUCCUUUCUACUGCUCUGGAUAUUGCUUGGRUAGUUUUYUCCAGCAGAGAAAUGRUUGUCCCUGCGUGCGUUGUGAUAUCUCUAGGGGUGUUCCUCAAGGUUCCCGCCUUGGUCCUCGUGUACGUGAAAUUCGAGGACUCAUACGAUUACGAGAAGCAUUCCUUGUGSGAUUUUUGGUCAUUUCACGUUCUUGUCUUCAAUGGCAUCGCRGCGAAUAUAGUAGUGAGUGUAUACAAUGCUUUGAUUUGGUUCUCUAUUGUCUUAACAUACAAUGACGACCUUCCAGAAAGAAGYUCCACAACRAUGGCACUUACGAUAACAUUUACCUUGGCGAUCGUCUGGUUUUUGCUGGAAAAUUCUCUGUUCCUCUGGUUUACGCGUUUUACAUUUAGCAUCUAUCCRACAUUGAUAAUUACAAUGAUUAGUAGCUUAAUUCAAAACUGGACGCCUGAGUCAAGGAAUUUCAUUAUCCUCGCAGUCCUGCUUGUCUUUGUGAGCGUGCUUUUUGGAUGUCACGUGAUUCUUGUGAUAUCGAGAUUAAGCAAGGCGAAGCGAUCUUUCCCCACAAGACAAGUCUCUGUAUCUAGCUUUAAUAUCGAAUUCAUGACUACAAGGUUUUAAGACAACAAUAAUACUAMAGGAUGCACUUUGAAAGCGCAGAUUUCUGUAGAACUUUUUGAUAAUAUUAUCGAUAUUACUUUUAUUAUAACGCGCGUAAAUGAAAAUGGUCAUUUCAUACUCUAACCGACACGAACCGACACCUUUACUUGGAA